AUGCGUUCUUCAACAUACAUCGCAGCAUUCGCAGUCUCCGCUGUCGCGCAAGAGUCGGCCACAGUGCUCAACUACUUUCAGCUCAGUAAUACCCUCACUGUUCUAGGCUCAGACGCGAGCGCCACAACCUAUGGGAACACGUGCCCCCCGCAAAGCCCCCGCCUGCGCCGCCAGGACCAAACAACGAGCGAUGUCGAUGGCUACUCCAUCUGCGAACCGUUUACCCUCAUACAAGGCGCUUCGACGUACGAAUUCCACCUCACGGAUCCUGCACCAGGCGUAUGGACGAUAGAUAUGGCCUGCAAGUGGCAAGGUGCAAUGACAACAGCAGAUCUAACCUGUGCUGUUACACGGGGUGGCUACGUCGCCGGUUCGGCUGGCGUCGGAACUACAACAACAGUUCUGAAGCAGAGCGUGAUACGGGACAUGGAGGCAUAUCAGACAGUCGCCUUGGUGAGCGCAUCUGGCGCGUCUUCGGGUAGUUCCUCGGUGUCGGCUUCCCGUACCACUUCGCAAUCUGGGACAGGAGCUGCCUCGCCUAAUCGGUCUGGGUCUGGAUCUGGUUCAGCUGCCGCGACUCAGAGUACUGGCCUUGCGCCUGCGGGACCGUUGGCCACUGGUGCGAUGGGGCUUCUUGGUGGUGCGGGUAUAUUUGCAGCGGCACUUGCGUUCUAAAGUGCACAGCGUACUUCGUAUUCGUUGCUACGGAGUUGGACCAAUCCUUGGAAUGCCUGUAAGUUGCUGCAGAACCAAGGUUGUGCAAAGGUAAGUGAUCUAUGAUUGCUACGAUUCGCUGCAGCAUCAUAACUUUUAUGAACAUACUUAUUUUAUUUGUCAUAAUGUUUCUCUGUUCUCGAUUGAUCGAUUCCUUUCUGAAAGUAUGAAGGCCCAUGAAAGCCUGUCUCUUGGUGCGAGUGGGACUUCCGGAAAUUCACCGCGCCUUUGAGACACGUGCUAACGCGUCAUCCAUCGACGCGAAACCAUCCUUUGCUGGGCAGUAGGCCAUCGCGGUGUUACUAACCCCGCAACCGUCACUACGCCGUUUGCGG